CGAAGUAUACAGCUUUAUGUAUAGACUAUACACGCAUGUUAUUAAGCUUAACUUUCAACAUGUUGAUCACGCAUUCUGACGAGCUCCCAGAAAUGGCUCUUCCCAACAGCGCCCUCAGCGGUGUUCAGCUAACCAGUGAGAAAGAUUACAGCGAUUUCACAAGUUACGAAGCGCGAGUCCCUGCCAAGAGUACCGUUUGUUUAAGAUCGCCGGACGGCCAGAGUAGCCUGCACUUUUAUUACUGCAUCAGUGGAAGGGGGAAGUGUCAGGCGACUGCGAAUGGAGGCCAGCGUGACGUCUACCCGGACACUGUGGUGGCGCUGUCAUCCGAUGUGACCUAUGAGCUGACGGUGUCAGAUGAGGGGGCCAUGCGGGUCUUCGUAGUCUACUAUCCAGACGUCGAGUUGGCCUACCGCUCGCUGGCAGUGGUGCGAAGCCUGUCAGAGAUUGACGGCAGCGAAAGAGACGUCGACUGGGGGAACGGGCACAGCUGGCAGUACCUGCUGCAACCAGAUGGCUUUCCCCUGGGUAUUCACAAGACGAGAUUGUACCCGAUGACGUCAUCUAAACUGGCCCAUCAGCACCACAUAGAGAGCGUGUACUACACGUCAGGGAGUGUGACCUACAAAUGGCAGGAUACCAGCGGCGCUUGGGUAAACCAGAGCUCGAGAAUUGAUGCAGAGAAUGGAACGAACUAUCUUCUGAAUGAGCACGACAGCCAUAUACUGGAGAAUCAUGCGAACAUUUCUGACUGUAUCUGCAUCUUGUACCCCGUCCUCUCGGGAAAGGAAAAACAGAUCCUGACCGUGGAUGGAUACACCGGUUUUGAGGCCACAAAUUAACAUGUCCCACAUAGUGCGAUAAAGUGCAUUGCUUCACAAUAUGUUGAGUUGAUUUUUUUUAUUCUAGGUGGCUCCAAAUUUAUGUCAAAUCUAAAUUGCGUCUUGAUAGUACAAUUCUUUCCCCCAAAUGCUCUGAUCUUGUUGUAAUAAAGGCUAAAACAUCGGUGUUUUUAGCGAAGAACUCGGGAACAUUAUUGAUUGACAUUUCUGUUGAAGUGAAAGUUUUUAAGUGGCUUGUAAACUUGCCUAUUAUAAUUAUUAUAUAAGGAUGGAUAUACCGGUUUUGAGGCCACAAAUUAACAUGUCACAUAAAGUGCGAAAAAGGGCGUUUGCUUCACUAUAUUUCAAGUUUUUUUUUUUUUAAUACUUUGUACGUGGUUCCAAAUUUUUGUUGGUUACAAAUUUAUGUCAAAAUAAACCUUACGUCCAAUA